AAAUUACAGGUUGUCAUUCGCUUUCUUAUAAUAAAAAUUCUUUGGCGCGGAGGCACAGUAUAAACUCGACAGUGCUGCGGUCACCGGUCCUCUUUCCAGCUUCUCAAGCGAAAAAUGACGAAGAAGAGAAGAAAUAACGGCCGUGCCAAGAAGGGACGUGGGCACGUCCAGCCCAUCAGAUGCACCAACUGUGCCCGCUGCGUGCCCAAGGACAAGGCCAUCAAAAAGUUUGUCAUCCGGAACAUAGUGGAGGCGGCUGCUGUGAGGGACAUCUCAGAAGCCAGUGUCUUCGACUCCUACGUUCUGCCCAAACUCUACGUGAAGCUGCAUUAUUGUGUGAGCUGCGCCAUCCACAGCAAGGUGGUGAGGAACCGCUCUCGGGAGGCGAGGAAGGACCGCACACCCCCUCCACGCUUCAGGCCCAGUGGUGGUGCCCCUCGCGCUCCCCCCAAACCCAUGUGACCCUGGAUAGCUUCGAAGAUUGUGUAAAUAAUGAUUACGCAACAAUAAACAUGAUUGGAGACAC